UACAGAGCAAACUCUCUCCUCUCCUGACUGGUUCACUCGCCUCAUCAAACUAACCAUCCUCGGGGAAACACACUUUUAUGCACGCACGCGCGUACACACACACACACAUUGAAGCUCCGCUCAGCAGCAGCAGGGAGUGAACAGCCAGUUUGCGACUUAUCCCCGCCAUUCCCCGGUUACAGUAACUUCCUCAGCAUCUCCCGGCCUCUGCAGAGAGAGAGAGAGAGAGCACCGACCGACAACCCAACUGGAAACCGGCCCCACGGCUCUAUAGUAACGGACUGACCGACCACUAAAUCCCGGAGAAGGGAAUCUAGUGCUCAACAUCCCGUCAUCGCCGGUAGAAUAUACUUCAGACUGCGGAUUUAAACCGUCACAUUGGCCAGUUGUCCAUUUGGACGGAGCGAGAGAACUGGUAGUGCGCAGUGUGAGAACACAACAGAAACCACUUGACGCGGAAAAGUCCCGGGCACUUCCCGGUAUUUUUAGGAAACAGAGGGACGCGUCUCACCUUACCGAAAUACCGACGCCGGUAGCCUAAAACGGAGCCGGUCUGAGCAACAGCUACCACCGGCAAAAAUCAGUGAGGUUGCCAGGGUAACCUCCCCCAGCCAAUCAGCAGUCAUGGAUGAGAUGGAUCUGCCCCAGAUGAAGAAGGAAGUGGAGAGUCUGAAAUACCAACUGGCUUUCAAGAGAGAGAAGUCCUCCAAGACAGUCACUGACAUGGUGAAGUGGAUCGAGGACGGGGUACCCGAGGACCCCUUCCUGAACCCUGAGCUCAUGAAGAACAACCCCUGGGUGGAAAAGGAAAGUGUGUCCUGUUGUAGACGACCCCUGACCCUGCCAUGACCUCUGACCCCAGCCUGGUGGGGCA